AUGGCAACCCCAUGGCCUCCAGAGCAGCUAUGGCCAACGCACCACCGAGAGCAUGCCACCGAACUUAGCAGACACCUCCAGACAGCAGUCAAGUAUAUCGACACCGCAAAUGGAAACCCCCUCAAUCCACAGGCGGUGAGGAUCACGCUCAUCGCGGCCCUCUCGCUGAUCGUUAAAUUACAGAACCUGCCCGAGCUCGGACACCUCCACCAGGCUAUUGAGAGUCUGCGAGCAGAAACCAAAACAGCCAACGAGAACACCACCCGCGAAACGAGAACCAUAAAGAUCGCCCUGCAGCAGAACACAGUCGAACUCAAGGAGAAUACCAACACCACGCGAGCGGCCAACGAGGCCGCUAAGGAAGCCUGGAGAGCCAGCGAGCUGGCGACGAAGGUCGUAAAGGAUAUCAAAGCACUGUGA